AUGGCACCAACGAAAUACAUUGAUCGCCCUGUGCCGACCAUCUCUCUCCGCGACUUCGACUCUCGGAUGGAUGUGAUUACACAGGAACUUCUCGAUGCUGCAGAGAACCAUGGAUUCUUCUGUAUCGUAGACCACGGCAUAACACGCGAUGCUGUUGAUGGGAUCUUUGACCAGUCAGCACGCUUCUUUAACCAAGCUGAUCCCGUAAAGUCUCAGGUGCCUUUCUCCCCUCAGCACAAUGCUGGAUGGGAGAAGAACGCGCAAAUCAGGCCAUCGACUGGUGCAGUCGACCGCAAAGAAUCUUAUCAGAUGCAAUUUGGCGAAGGCAUGAACGGCCGAUGGCUAGAUGAUGAGACUUUGCCUGGCUUCCAGGCGGAGGCCCUGGCAUUCAUGCACAAAGUACAAGCGGUCAGCGAGAACCUCAUGAGGUGCUUUGCGCGAGGAUUGGGUUUUGAAGACGACUACUUUAUCGAAGCACAUGAUGUCAGAAGGCCAGAGUCUCAGACGGUGUGCCGAUUACUACACUAUUUUGAAACUCCGCGGUUACCGAAUCCCACUGGGGAAGUGCAUCACAGAGCAGGUGCGCAUGCUGACUGGGAUUUUUUGACCUUACUGUUCCAGAAGGCAGGGCAGUCUGGCCUCGAGAUAUGUCCAGGACGGGAAGUUUCGACAUCGUUUGGCUACGGAGACGCUUGGACAAAGGUUGAGCCUGACGCUGAGAAGAACGCGAUCGUCUGCAACGUCGGUGACUUGCUCAUGUCAUGGUCUGACGACCGCUUCAAAUCCACAUUCCAUCGCGUUAAGGCUCCGUGUGAGCCCGACGACUAUUAUGGCGAGCGCUAUAGUAUCGCCUUUUUUAACCAACCGUGCAAAGACGCUAAGAUCCAAGGUCCGCUGAAGAAGUAUCCAGUGGUAACAGGAGAGGAGUUUACCAGAAAUGCUAUGAGUCGGAACUACCAGGCUAUACAAGAGAAGUUGAAGAAAGAGAAAGAGCUGGUGGCCAAGGCCGUCGAGGUGGACGCGACGACAGCUCGUACGGUCAGCGCUACCGCAUGA